AUGGCAACUCCUCACCAAGAUUCAACCCCGGCGGAAGCGGGCACCAUCGUGGAAUUUCUUGCUGGGCUUCCAUUAGAGCUUUCCGGGGCCAUCUUCGCGCAUCUGCCCAAUUCCGACCUCAAGAAAUUGCGCUUGGCUUCUAGACGGUUUUCCAAAGUCGUCACCCCUCACCUCAGCUUGAAGCGUGUUUUUAUAUCAGCAAGCAACCACAAUAUCCAAGUCUUCAGAAAUAUUGCAAAUCAUGAGACGUUUCGCCAUGACGUUCGUGAGAUUGUCUGGGACGAUGCACGCUUCAUGGUUUCCCUGGAAGAGGAAUCAGGUUACCACAGUGGAUACGGAUAUGACGCUGCGGACUCGGACUCCGAGGAUACGCCUGUGCCAGAGGGAGUUCCCUUGUGGUUCGUUACAGCAUGUCGGGAGAACAUAGACUAUCUGCGAAAAUGGCGAGGAAGGGACGUCGAAACACUGCCGCAGCACGUCGAAACCGCACAACAGCUUGCUGCCCAGCUUCCUCUCGACGUAGCUUACGACUACUAUCGAGGGGUGGUCCGUGAUCAGGAAGAGGUUCUCGCUACUGCGGCUGACAGUGCCGCCUUUAAAUGGGCUCUGGCCGAGAAACGGUUUCCCAAUCUACGGAGAGUGACAAUCACGCCUGCUGCUCAUGGUAUCCUCUUCUUCCCUCAGUAUCCUACGCCUAUGAUCCGUGCAUUCCCAUACGGCUUCAACUACCCCCUUCCUCGCAGCUGGCCUACGCCGCCACUCGGAGCCAGAAUCCCCUGCGAAAGCUGGGAAGAGGAAGCCAUCAAGGACAAAUGGCGCGGCUUCCGUAUUGUCACUCAUCUUCUCGCCCAGCAAGAGUACGCAACCGUCCCAGAGGUGGUCAUUGAUGGCAAUCAGAUCAAUUCGGGACUUACAUUCCGAAAACCUGGUUUCUCGAUGCUCAAGCUUAGCAUUAUGGUGGGCAUGCACGCCGAACAGAACUAUGCUGCCUUUCGCAACGGUCGCUUGCGGCAACUUCUGACCGCCGACUUAGAGUCCUUCGCCCUGGAAACCGAUGAAGUCACGAACCUGAGCUUUUCCCGACCCUGGCCUCCGGAGAAUCCCGUCGACCACUUCACACCACUACGCUCCAUCUUUCCAGUCGAAGCAUGGACGCACCUGAGACAUUUUGGACUGUCUCGAUUCUUGGUCAAAGAGAACGACCUUCUCGACCUUCUCCGAGCGCUUCCAGAUACACUCCGCUCGGUGGAGCUCAGCUUUCUGUGGUUCGUGAGAAACAGUGGCGGAUACAGAAGCGUACUUUUUCGUAUCCGCGAUGACCUCGGAUGGCGAAGCCGAUCCGUGAAGCCCCGGGUCAUCAUCCGAGAUGAUAAGAAGCUUACAUUGCCCGGACGAGGAAUCCACAUGGAUAAAGAGGUCAUGGAGUUUCUUUACGACAGCGGUGAAAACCCUUAUCCGGAUGAUCCGCGCAUGCGUACGGUUUUGGAAGGCGUGGGCACUGUGAGGGACGUGUUCGAGACCAGAUUCGAGCGGCCUUUCGCCACACGAGAAGAGUUGAUGAGUCCCAGUGGGCCUUAUUUCAACGGCCAGCUUAGCGCGAGGGUCAAGUCGGACUUUGGUGACUUCAACGCCUAUUUUCCCCCAACCAAAGAAGACAGGUUGAGGAUCAGAGAUAGUGAUCGAUUGAAGAACCAGAUUUCCAUCCCCGACGAAAAUGUCCUUUACGGUAGUACCGGCAACGGUGGAAGACUUGCUCUCGGUACCUACAUCAAAUUUGGUAUGAAGAUCCAGUUUGCAAACCUGGGACGCGGCCUCGGUAGCGGUUGGACAGUUGAUCUUCCAGAGAUCAGUUUGAAUUAUUGA